AUGCGCGCCCACCUCGCCGCCAAGAAGAAGGUCGACCCCAAGAAGGGGCGCGGGAGUGGGAGGAUGGGGGUCGGGGUGUUGCGUGGGCUCAAGGACGCGGCCGUCGCGGUCGCCGACUUGGGCUGGCUUUUUAUUUUCCCCGCAGAGAGGGAGAGCCUCUUAGGCCACUCGGUCGCACCCGAUGACACAUCAACACCGACGUACGAGAACACAGAUAACAGUAAAAAC